AUGCCGGGUGAGCGCACCCUCCUCCUGGUGCUCCUGGCGCUGUUUGUGGAGCUGCUGCCCACCCUGGCCAACCAGCACCACAUCGGGGACCAAGGUGCCGCCCCUGCAGUCACCCCGGCACCGCGCCGGGCCCCCCGGGGACGCUGGCCCCCCGCCGCCCUGCCUGCCCCCGGCAAAGCAGGCGAGUGCCCGGCGGCAGGGAGCGGAGCCCCUCGCCCCCCCAGGAUGUACUGCCUCUCCGACCAUGGCUGCCCCGGCACCGAGAAGUGCUGCCAGAGCGGGCAGGUCAGGACCUGCCUCCUCCCCACCACAGAGAGCCCAGGCUACUGCCCCCGUGCCGGCAGUGCCAGUGGGGCGAGCUGCGGGACAAGCUGCCACAACGACACGGCAUGCAGCCCCGGGGAGAAGUGCUGCACCCUCGGCUGCUGCGCCCGCUGCAUGCGUGCCGAGCCAGCCAAACCCGGCCUCUGCCCGCGGAAGCGCGCCCAGAGGAGUGCUGCCACCUGCCCCAACCGCUGCGCUGAUGACCGGGAUUGCCCCGGGGACCGCAAGUGCUGCUUCUCUGGCUGCGGGCUGGUCUGCACCCCCGCGGACACAGGCAGCCGCCGUGCCGCAAUGAAGGCUGGUGCGUGCCCCGUGGUGUUGCGGGGCUCCUUGGGACCCUGCUUGGAGCUGUGUGACACCGACAGCGACUGCCCUGGGGCUGCCAAGUGCUGCACCACCGGCUGUGGCCACGUCUGCAAACCGCCCACCGAGGCACGGUCCGGGCUCUGUCCCCCCAUGCCUGAUGGUGACCGGGCGGCCGAGUGCCUCCUCCUGUGCCUGCAGGACAAGGAUUGUCCCCCCGGCCAGAAGUGCUGCCUGCGGGGCUGCGGCCGGGCGUGCGUCCCCCCGCUGCAGGGUAAGGCCACCUUCUGGGUGCCAGCAGCCCGGAGCACCCUGCAGGUCUUGUCCCUGCAGCAGGUCCAGCCUGGAGGGGAUUGA